CUUGGGAGACAGAAGGUCAAACACUUUCUGCUGUAGCGAGGCUCCUUGCCAAUGCUGGGGACUAUGCAAUACCUCCUUUUUUGUGCUGCCAUUCUCCUACCUCAGAGUUUUGCUUUUCCAGUACAACUUAACACAGAACUAUGGAACAAUGCUGAUUUAGAGACUAUAAAGGCAUAUCUCAAUAAGUUCUUUCCAAUUCUUGAUAGAGCCCCUAAACUCAGCUUAGAGGAGAGGAUUAAAGAAAUGCAGAAGUUUUUCCACCUGACUGUAACUGGAACAUUAGAUGCAGAAACAAAAAAAAUGAUUCAACAACCCAGAUGUGGAAUCCCUGAUAUCGCAGAUUACAGAACAUUUCCUGGAAAUCCAAGAUGGAAUAAGAAACUUUUGACAUACAAGAUUGUUAAUUAUACACCUGAUCUACCCCGACAACAUGUGGAUGAUGCAAUUAGAAGGGCUUUUAUGGUAUGGAGUGAUGUGACUCCACUGAAGUUCAAAAAAGUUCUCUGGGGGUAUGCAGACAUCGUGAUCAGAUUUGCACGUCAUGAGCAUGGUGAUGGAUAUCCUUUUGAUGGAAGAGGUAACACAUUAGCUCACGCCUUUGCACCUGGAGAAGGGAUAGGUGGAGAUGCUCAUUUUGAUGAUGAUGAAAGAUGGUCAAGGUACAAUCAAGAAAUUAAUUUGUUCCUUGUUGCUGCUCAUGAAUUUGGCCAUUCUUUGGGACUCGCCCAUUCAAAUGUCCGUGGAGCUCUGAUGUACCCUCUCUACUCAUAUGUGAACCCAGAAACCUUCACACUUUCAAAGGACGAUAGGCAAGGAAUUCAGAAGUUAUACGGGAGCAAGCCAGCAAACUCUUGAAGAAAGUGUUUCAAAAAAAAAAUAAGAAUUCAGAUCUGGUGGUUUUGGUAUUCCAAAACCAUUUUAAGGCUCUGGCCAAUUAAAGUGGUAAGCUUCUGAAUGCCACCUUCUAUCCUGAACUUUUCAUAGAUUUGUUUAUACUUUAUACAAUUUCACCUGACAAUUAAAAAAAAAAAACAAACAAAAAC